AUGUCAGAAUUUAAAGAUAUUAAAACAUUCGAUCAAAGUGACUUGAAACCGUGGUUCAGAUCCCCUGAUUCUAGGUUAGCUGAAGGUAUAACGUAUAUUAACGAGACAGACACAUUGUAUUGGAUUGACAUCCUUAAAGGAGAAAUUCAUAGAUUAAAGAAAUUGACAGCUUCCGGUGGUGAAUUUAAAGAAGAGAAUUACAAUUAUUUAGUUCUUCAGGAUUCAAAUUACGUUAGAGAUGCUAAGGUUAAAAAUCCUGGAAUUUCAUUAGAUUUUAAUGAAUCCGUUGGUGUUAUCUUUCCCGAUCAUUCCAAUGAUAAUAUUGUCCUGUUUGGUUCUAGAUAUGGUAUCGGUAGAUGUGAUUUAGAUAUAGGUACUUGGGAAUAUAUCUUAUUAUAUUCGGAAAGUACCGAAGUAGAUCAUGAUCGUGUUCUAAGAUUAAGAUCUAAUGAUGGUAAUAUUUCACCAUGUGGGAAAUAUAUUUAUAUUGGGUUAAUGAAUGAUUUCCCACUGGAAUUGAAAGAUGAAGGUUGUGUUCUAAAAAUUGAUUUGAAUGGUAAAACCGCUGAAGAAAGGAUUAAGGUUAUUUGGCCAAGAAUCAAGAUCCCUAACGCUAUCCAUUGGAAUGCAGAUGGUAGUUUGAUGUAUCUUACCGAUUCAUUGAGUUUCACAAUUUGGGAAUAUAAUGAAUCGGAAAAUACUAAAAAGAAAUUAAUUGAUAUUAAAAAGUCUAACAAUUUGGAUAUUCUUUCUCCUGAGCCUGACGGAAGUGCUGUUGAUAUUUCAACCGGAUUAUUGUACACAGCAGUCUGGUCUACUCGUAAAGUUCAAGUCUAUCAAUUAAAAGAUGGUAAACUAGUUCAAGAAAUUCUUUUACCUAAUAAUACACCAAGAAUAUCAUGUUGUUGUAUUGUUGGUAAUGAUCUUUUUGUAACCACUGGUAACAUGGACACUUUGGAGGGUGAAAAAGUAUCUAAUGAUACAGUAGGUGGUUGUAUCUACAGAGUUCGUAAUAUUAUUCCAAAUGGUGCGAAGUUUUCUUCUAAGGUUCAAUUGAAGUACUGA